ACGUCAUCAAAGGUCCUUUCGCUUGCUUGGAACGAGUACUUCCCAACGUCUCAACUGCCUCUUCACUUCCUCCUUCACAGCGCAGACAAUGAAAGAGAAGGAAAUGCAAACUUGCACAACAUCUGCCCUUCCAGCCUCCCCCAACCCCAGCAGCUCUGGCACCCCCCUCACACCGUCUGAAGGGCAAGCGGCGCCGUGCAGCGGUGCCAGCCAAGGUGAGGCAGCCGCUUGUCAUGCCCCUCCUACGUCUGAUGUCUCAGAAGAACUUAGCAGGCAGUUGGAGGAUAUCUUAAAUACUUAUUGUGUGGAUGCUGGCCAAGAAGGAGUGGCAGACUCUGAGGAGACUGACAAAGGUCCACCAGAGCCCUCUAGAAAUGGGGAAACCAAGCCUGUAGUGCCAGAAGUUAAUGGCGUGAAGCCGGAACCACGUGGUGCAGAAGAGAACAGGACAGUGAGUGACCCUGAUAAAGAUCAGAAGCGUGUGACAGACAAGAAAAAGACAAAGGGGCUCGGAAAGGAGAUCACCCUGCUAAUGCAGACCCUAAACACACUCAGCACCCCAGAAGAAAAGCUGGCUGCCCUGUGCAAGAAAUAUGCAGAACUGCUUGAAGAACAUAGAACGUCUCAAAAGCAAAUGAGAAUCCUGCAGAAAAAGCAGACUCAGCUCAUCCAGGAGAAGGACCAGCUCCGUAACGAACACAGCAAGGCCAUCCUGGCUCGGAGUAAAUUGGAGAGUCUGUGUAGGGAGCUGCAGAGGCACAACCGAAGCUUAAAGGAAGAGGGCGUACAGAGAGCCCGGGAGGAAGAGGAGAAACGCAAAGAGGUGACGUCUCACUUCCAGUUGACGCUGAAUGACAUCCAGACUCAGAUGGAGCAGCACAAUGAGCGCAACACUAAGCUGCGCCAGGAGAAUGUGGAACUAGCUGACCGGCUGAAGAAACUGAUCGAGCAAUAUGAACUGAGGGAAGAGCACAUUGAUAAGGUUUUUAAACACAAAGAUCUUCAGCAGCAGCUGGUGGAUGCCAAACUGCAGCAGGCUCAAGAAAUGCUGAAGGAAGUGGAGGAGCGUCAUCAGAGGGAAAAGGACUUUCUCUUGAAGGAGGCCGUGGAAUCCCAACGUAUGUGUGAGCUCAUGAAGCAGCAGGAGACCCACCUCAAGCAGCAAUUGGCCCUGUAUACAGAGAAGUUUGAGGAGUUUCAAAACACUCUUUCUAAAAGCAAUGAGGUCUUCACAACCUUCAAACAGGAAAUGGAAAAGAUGACCAAAAAAAUCAAAAAGUUGGAGAAAGAGACAACCAUGUACCGUUCCAGAUGGGAGAGCAGUAAUAAGGCGCUGCUUGUGAUGGCUGAGGAGAAAACUCUUCGUGACAAAGAGCAUGAAGCUUUGCAGGCCAAGAUCCAAAAAUUGGAGAAGCUGUGCCGGGCAUUACAGACAGAGCGUAAUGAUCUGAACAAGAAGGUGCAGGGCCUCAGUGGACCUCCAGCCCCUGCGACAGAGACCACUCCAGAUGACUGCGUGGGAUGUACAGCACCCGCCAGCAGUGAGAAUGUACAAGUGAACAGUGGUGGGUGCGGGCAGAAUACACUUGAAGUCACAGCACCCUCUCCUCUUCCAUCUGCCGCAACUGAAUAACACUGACGGGAGUGAUGCUACAUAUGUAAUGUCCUCAUUCCUUUUAUAAAAUGGCUUCCACUUUUAUACCCUCCUUAAACACUCGCCUUUCCUUUUUGCUUUUACAUUAUUCUUUUUUUUUACUUUUAAAAUGCAGAUAUGAAACUUUCCUGUAAACCAGUCUGCAUACGAUCCACUUGGAGCAGCAUUCAUUUUGCAGGUGGCCCAUGGGCAGCAUAGUUUAUUUUGUUGUUAGACACUAUUUUUGUCCUGAUUUCAUUCUAAAGAAACUAAUGUAAUAAAAAUAAGGCCUAGUAACUAUUAGUGUAAAGUAUUUACAUCUGCUGGAAACUGGUGCGAAGGGUCCCAGCUAGGACUUGCCCACCAGUCACUGAUGCAUGCAGUGUGAGAGAGGUCCCAGCUAGGACUUGCCCACCAGUCACUGAUGCAUGCAGUGUGAGAGAGUCCGUGCACUUGGUGCUAACUCUGGGGAUAAAAUGUGACACCUUGUAGACAAUCCCCUAAUCCAGGUGCACUGCUAACCCACAGGUUAGGGCAGGGGUGUAUGUAUGAAAAAAAAAAAAUUGGGAUAUUGGAACAGUUGACCAUAGCAAUGUAUCAGGUGGCCAUUUUUUUAUGACCUGCUGGAGAAUGAGAGUUGGAAUCUGGCUGCCACAGAUAACACUGCAAUUUUUAACAACUUACCUCUACUUCUUAUUCCCACAUAAGCAGAGCACAGCAGACGCUCUAUACUAAAAAGUGCUUUGUGAGAAGAUGGCCCAGAGUUACUGCAGUCCACGGGUUUCCUAAUUGAUGGCAGUUUUUGGGAGGCUUUAGUAUAUUCCAUUGUCCAUCUGCUAAUAUGGACAAUACAUUCAUUCGUUUGCAUGGUUUCUCUUUUUCUUUAUACCCAUAAAGGGAUUGUAUGAAGUUAGAAACAAAAAAUUGUCAAUUCUAUUUUUCCCAGAAACAGAGCCACUUAUAGAUGGGCUGUGCGCAAUGAGCCACGCAGCUUACGGCAGUACUGUCUAAUCACUAUGGCCUACCAGUUCCGGUUACUUUCUGAUAGCACGUGCAGCAUAUGAACUGUACCUGGUAAGCAUUUAUUACCACUGCCCUGUCAAUUAACGGCUCAACCUGUGAAGUAACAUUCUGUCUGCAUCCGUAUAGUUUUCAGUAUUAUCAUUGCUGAAUGGUACCUAUCCCAACAUGGUGCUGUUAGCUUUGCUAUGUGUUCUUGCACAUACCUAUAUUCUGCUUAGUGUAGAAUUCUUUCUUGUGCACACACGGGAAGUGUUUAACUAGCACUUAUGGUUGUGGUGCGAACACUUACGUUCUUAAGACAUUAUGGCUGUUAUGUCUUUUCAAAUGAAAGAAAACCUUUCCACUGUUAUGUGUGUCAUGUUUGAAGGCCACUCCGUAUGUCAUAUAGCUUAUUACAGAAAAAAAAUCGCUAUUCAUGAACCAGAUUGAUUACAGAAAUAUCCCAGGAUUCUUUUUGUUAGUACCUUGGAAAGGCAUCCCAUAUCUUAAAAGGAUUGUCUGGUAGUUUUGGGGAGAGAGGGGCUGCAAAUGUUUUAAAGGGGUUUUCCAAUGUCUAGAUAUUGAUGACCUAUUCUCAGGAUAGCUCAUCAAUAUCAGAUCAAUGGUGGUCCAGCACCCCACUUUCCCACCGAUUAGCUGUUCUGAGUAUCAAGUGGCUUUGGGAACUAUACAGUUAAUGGAGCAGGAAGCACAAGGUUCCGUACUGGGGUACUGCAUCUCGGCUACCAUUCAAAUGAAUGUGAUCUGAGCUGCAGUACACCAGGGUCUGUUGUAUGGUGUCCUGCAUGGGUGGCUGCCCAAAGAAGCUGAUUGAUGGGGGGGGGUGCUGGGUGUUGGACCCCCAAUAAUUUUAUAUUCAUGACCUAACUAUUGGAAAAUCCCUUUAAUAAAACAAAGAGAACAGUACUCGCCUCUGUUGAUGGGCAAAAGCUCUGGUGGCCCUCGGCAGUGUCUGUUUCCAGGCUGCUAGAGAUGACAUUCCAUAUUAGCAUGUGACCGCUGCAGCCAGUCAGUGGCCUCCGGUCAUGUGCUGUACUUAUUGGCAUCACUCAGUGGCAUUUGCGCCUUCUUUUUAUUUCAAAUUACUGGACAAUCGGCACGGAAAUAAGCCUUGCUCUAUGCCCUCUUCAAGAUAUUAUGAAUAAAUUGUGUUGUCAUCAUUUACAGUCAAAUAAUGGUUUACCCAGUAUGUAACUGAUGUUAAAAGGUUAACUGCUGCUACAUUUCAGGGUUUGUCAAAUGGGGACCGUAAUAAAAGCCUCCUCAGCCCAGCAUCUGUACUGUCAUUUUAGAGGUUCUAGUGUGGUAACGCAUGGACGCCAGCACUUGGGUACCAAAGAGAUUGCCCUACUCUGUGAGUUAGGCAAGCAGGCUGAUCAUUGUUCUGAUGGAAGUAGAGUGUAUGACUGAAAUAAAUAAAUUGUGUGGCUUUCUAUUC